CACAGAAAGAAGGAGCCAAAACUCAGCGCUUUUGUUAAGAUCCGCUAAGGAUAUUUUGCACUCUGCCUCUCCCUUCCUAAAGCCAUCAGGAGAAGCAGCUUCUGCCUUUAAGCUGCCCGUCCGCCAUGGUCAGGCACAUCCCCCGCUCCGGGGCUGCGGAGGGACCCGACCGCCGUUUCCUGCCCCCUUCAGCGUAUGAGAAAGGCAAGAAGAGUUUGUGCACUUUGGAAACUCGAUAGGAGGCAGCAGCUGAUCUUCCCAUCACCAGCCUAAAAAUAAUCCACUCCAGGGCUUGGAGCAGCUUCACUAAGUGGAGGAAAAUCCUGCCAUCGGGAUGAUAUUGAUCACAUAGCACAACCGAGUGACACUUUGGGUUGGUAUUUUGGGGUUGUGUUUACAAAGAGAACGGCCCAAAAUCUCCAUCAAAUUGUGUUACAGCACAUGGACUGUUAGCAGAUGGUGGUUACUGAAGUUUGAGUCAGUUGACCCUCAACUUUUGCCUCACAGUGAGUACCUGAAUUAGCCAGACCCUCUGGAAGAGAUGAGACUCGCAUUUUGUGGGAAUGACAAUGCCUCAGCCUACAACAUCAGUGCUGGUGUCCUCAGGAAUGUCUGCUUUGUGGAUGCCCUCAACUUGGUCCCUCAUGUCUUCCUGUUGUUUAUCACCUUCCCCAUUUUGUUCAUUGGCUGGGGAAGCCAGAGCUCCAAAGUGCAGAUUCACCACAAUACCUGGCUGCACUUCCCCGGGCACAACCUUCGGUGGAUCCUGACAUUCACCCUGCUGUUCGUGCAUGUGUGUGAAAUAGCAGAGGGGAUUGUUUCUGACACACAAAUGAAAUCUCGCCAUCUGCAUCUCUUUCUACCAGCUAUAAUGGGAUUUGUGGCUGCCACUGUGUCCAUAGUCUAUUACCAUAAUAUUGAAACAUCCAACUUUCCAAAGUUACUGCUGGCCCUGUUCCUUUACUGGAUAAUGGCCUUUGUCACCAAAACCAUCAAGCUUGUCAGAUACUGCCAGGACGGGGUGCCUUUUUCUCAGCUGCGUUUCUGCAUCACUGGAAUCAUGGUCAUCCUCUAUGGGCUGCUGAUGGCUGUGGAGAUCAAUGUCAUCCGAGUCAGGAGGUAUGUGUUUUUCAUGAACCCUCAGAAAGUAAAGCCUCCAGAAGAUCUGCAGGAUCUGGGGGUGAGGUUCCUGCAGCCAUUUGUCAAUUUGCUCUCAAAGGCAACUUAUUGGUGGAUGAACACUCUCAUUAUUUCUGCUCACAAGAAACCUGUGGACCUGAAGGCCAUUGGGAAGCUCCCAAUUGCAAUGAGAGCACUGACAAAUUAUGUCUGUCUCAAAGAAGCCUAUGAGGAACAAAAGAAAAAGGUGGAGGACCAUCCCAACCGGAGUCCCUCCAUUUGGUUGGCCAUGUACAGCGCUUUCGGACGGCCAAUCCUGCUCAGCAGCACCUUCCGCUACCUGGCCGACCUGCUGGGCUUUGCUGGGCCACUCUGCAUUUCUGGCAUUGUCCAGGGCUUCCAGAAUACAACCAAUAAUACAAAUGCCACAGAAAAGGUGAAGGAUCCAUCAAACUCCUACCUUUCAUCGGAGGAAUUCCUCAGGAAUGUUUAUGUCUUGGCAGUCCUUCUCUUCCUGGCUCUUAUCCUGCAGAGGACAUUCCUGCAGGCCUCCUACUAUGUGACUACAGAGACUGGCAUCAACCUCCGGGGUGCCUUACUGGCAAUGAUAUAUAAUAAGAUCCUGAGGCUUUCUACAUCCAACUUGUCCAUGGGAGAGAUGACACUGGGACAAAUCAAUAACUUGGUUGCCAUAGAAACCAACCAAUUAAUGUGGUUCUUGUUCCUGUGCCCCAAUCUGUGGGCAAUGCCUGUUCAGAUAAUAAUGGGUGUGAUCCUCCUGUAUAACCUGCUGGGAGUGAGUGCCUUGGUUGGGGCUGCUGUCAUCGUGCUCUUAGCUCCCAUCCAGUACUUCAUAGCCACCAAGCUGGCUGAGGCACAGAAAAGCACUCUUGACUAUUCUACUGAGAGAUUAAAGAAAACCAAUGAGAUACUCAAAGGCAUUAAGCUAUUAAAGCUGUAUGCCUGGGAGCACAUAUUUUGUACAAGUGUAGAAGAAACCAGAAUGAAAGAGCUCACCAGUCUCAAAACCUUUGCACUUCAUACAUCUCUUUCCAUUUUUAUGAAUGCAGCCAUACCAAUAGCAGCUGUUCUUGCAACAUUUGUGACUUAUGCAUACACCAAUGACAAGCCACUGCAGCCUGCCCAGGCAUUUGCAUCCCUGUCACUGUUCCACAUCCUGGUUACACCUCUGUUUCUGCUCUCCACUGUGGUUCGUUUUGCAGUAAAGGCCAUCGUGAGUGUACAGAAGCUGAAUGAGUUUCUCCUGAGUGAUGAGAUUGGAGAUGACAGCUGGAGAGGAGGAGACAGCUCUGUACCUUAUGAAUCCUGUAAGAAGCACACAGGACUUCACACCAAGGCCAUCAACAGGAGGCAGCCCCUGAGGUAUCAGCUGGAAAGCUACGAGCAGCCAGCAAGGAAGCAGACACGGCCCAUGGAGAUCGAUGAUGUGGCCAUUAAGGUGACCAAUGGAUACUUUUCAUGGGGAAGUGGUUUAGCUACACUGUCCAACAUAAAUAUUAGAAUCCCAACAGGUCAGAUGACAAUGAUUGUGGGCCAAGUUGGCUGUGGCAAGUCUUCACUUCUCCUUGCUAUACUGGGAGAGAUGCAGACCCUGGAGGGAAAAGUUCACUGGAGCAAACUGCCUGGCAGACAGAUGAAUACAGAAGGAGACUUCAGUGUAAAUGAAACUGAACCUUCUUUUGAAGCAUCCAGAAGUAGGAACAGGUACUCUGUGGCUUAUGCAGCUCAGAAGCCAUGGCUACUCAAUGCUACCGUGGAGGAGAACAUCAUCUUUGGCAGUCCCUUUAAUAAGCAGAGGUACAAGGCUGUUACAGAUGCUUGCUCUCUGCAGCCUGAUAUUGAUUUACUGCCAUUUGGUGACCAGACAGAAAUUGGAGAAAGGGGGAUUAAUUUAAGUGGAGGCCAACGACAGAGAAUCUGUGUAGCUCGAGCACUCUACCAGAACACCAACAUUGUCUUCUUGGAUGACCCAUUCUCUGCACUGGACAUUCACUUAAGUGAUCACUUAAUGCAGGAAGGGAUUUUGAAGUUUUUGCAAGAGGACAAGAGGACUCUUGUUCUGGUGACACAUAAAUUACAAUAUCUGCCACAUGCUGACUGGAUCAUAGCAAUGAAGGAUGGAAUGGUGCUUAGAGAAGGGACACUAAAGGAUAUCCAAAACAAGGAUGUUGAGCUAUAUGAACACUGGAAAACUCUGAUGAAUCGCCAAGAUCAAGAGCUGGAAAAGGAUAUGGAAGCUGAUCAGACAACUCUUGAGAGAAAAACCCUUAGAAGAGCCAUGUACCCCAGAGAAUCCAAGUCACAAUUGGAAGAUGAAGAUGAAGAGGAGGAAGAGGAAGAAGAUGAAGAUGAUAACAUGUCAACUGUCUUGAGGCUCAGGACGAAGAUGCCAUGGAAAACCUGUUGGAGAUAUCUAACCUCUGGAGGAUUUUUCUUGCUCUUUCUGAUGAUUUUCUCCAAGCUGUUGAAACACUCAGUUAUUGUGGCUAUAGAUUACUCGCUUGCUACAUGGACAUCCAUGGACAAUGCAAAUGAAGCCAAGAAUGCUGAUGAGGAUAAGAGCACAGAGAAGACUUAUCAUGUAGCUGUCUUCAGCAUCCUCUCUGGAGCUGGGAUUGUCCUUUGCCUCAUCACAUCCCUGACUGUGGAGUGGAUGGGACUCACAGCAGCCAAGAACCUGCACCACAAUCUCCUCAACAAGAUCAUCCUUGGACCAAUCAGGUUCUUCGACAUGACUCCGCUGGGGCUAAUUCUGAAUCGCUUUUCUGCGGAUACAAAUAUCAUUGAUCAGCACAUCCCUCCCACCCUGGAGUCUCUGACCAGAUCCACCUUGCUGUGCCUGUCAGCCAUUGGAAUGAUCUCCUAUGCCACUCCAUGGUUCCUUGUGGCCCUCGUGCCCCUGGGCAUAGCAUUUUAUUUCAUCCAGAAAUACUUCAGGGUUGCUUCCAAGGACCUCCAGGAACUUGAUGACAGCACCCAGCUCCCUCUGCUGUGUCACUUCUCUGAGACAGCUGAAGGCCUUACCACCAUCAGAGCAUUUGGGCACGAAGCCAGAUUUAAACAACGUAUGCUGGAGCUGACUGACACGAACAACAUUGCCUACUUAUUUCUGUCAGCUGCCAACAGAUGGCUGGAGGUCAGGACGGAUUAUCUGGGUGCUUGUAUUGUCCUGACUGCUGCUGUCACUUCCAUCACCGAAGGGCCACACUCGGGGUUUGUGGGGCUGGGUCUCCUGUAUGCUCUGACGAUAACCAACUACCUGAACUGGGUAGUGAGGAAUCUGGCUGAUCUAGAAGUGCAGAUGGGUGCAGUGAAAAAAGUACACAGCUUCCUGAACAUGGAGUCAGAGAACUACGAAGGCUACCUGGAUCCCUCUCAAGUCCCCAAAGACUGGCCCCAGGAGGGGGAAAUCAAGAUUGAAAAUUUGUGUGUUCGCUACGAAAACAACCUGAAGCCUGUUCUCAAGCAUGUGAAGGCCUAUAUCAAGCCAGGACAAAAGGUUGGGAUCUGUGGUCGGACUGGCAGCGGCAAGUCCUCCCUGUCCUUGGCAUUCUUCAGAAUGGUGGAUAUUUUUGAUGGGAGGAUAGUGAUUGAUGGGAUAGACAUCAGCAAACUGCCUCUGCACACGCUCCGGUCCCGGCUCUCCAUCAUUCUGCAGGACCCAAUCCUGUUCAGUGGCUCCAUCCGCUUUAAUUUGGAUCCUGAAUGCAAGUGCACCGAUGACAGACUCUGGGAAGCUCUGGAGAUUGCUCAGUUGAAGAACAUGGUCAAGUCAUUGCCAGGAGGCCUUGAUGCCAUGGUCACAGAAGGAGGGGAAAACUUCAGUGUGGGGCAAAGGCAGCUCUUCUGUCUGGCUCGAGCCUUUGUCCGUAAGAGCAGCAUCCUCAUCAUGGAUGAAGCCACAGCAUCUAUUGACAUGGCCACAGAAAACAUCUUGCAGAAGGUUGUGAUGACUGCCUUCGCCGACCGCACUGUUGUAACAAUAGCGCACCGGGUUCACACCAUCCUCACUGCAGACCUGGUCAUCGUCAUGAAGCGGGGGAACAUUCUGGAAUACGAUACUCCUGAGAACCUGCUUUCCCAGGAAGAUGGCAUCUUCGCUUCCUUUGUCCGGGCUGACAUGUGAACAGCCACACAAUGCAUUCUAACAGCUUCUUUUUAAAUAGAUGAAAUGCGAAUAUUUUCUACUUAGUGUAACAUCACUUUUACCUUUUUUGUUUUGUUUUGUUUUUUUAGAGCUUCUUUCUUCACACUUCCAUCUUCCAAAAUAAUAAAGCCUAUUGCAAUAUGUCUGCCUUGAAGCAAUAAAGAUGUCACUUUAUUCAAAGCUAUUAAACUUCACACACACACAUGCACAUGCACACAUGGAGGGAGAAGUUUUUACUUCCUGAGAAUUAGGCAUUUUCCUUAGACUUUUUAUUGACUUUAUUUUUGUUUAAAGAGAGAAAAAGAAUGCACUGAUCUUAUAAACUGCAUAUGUUAUGCUGGAACCAGAAAUCAAAUCGUGCAGUUUGUCAAGGAAGCAAGAGGUUCCCCAGAUGCAUUCUGUCCCCAGAGGGAAAAAUUAGGAAAAACAUCCAAGCCCAUAACACUUGGGGCAAUCUGCUGCAUUCCAAAGGCAUAAACUUUGCUCUCCAAGUUGUAGCAGAGGGGCAGUGAAUGAGGGAAAGGAAUUUCAUCUGAAAUAAGGACAUUCUUCCUGUCCUUUACUUUAGUAAACACACUUCAGUCGUGACAGAACUAUUUUCACUGCAACAAUGGUUUAUUCCUACAAUCAGUUCCUAAAUCCAUAUUCAUUCUUCCAACUUUCACUAAAGAUUCAAAUCAUCCUAUGAUUAUGCAUGCUUUGAUCGGCUUAUAGAGGAAUUUUGUACAGUAUCUCAAGACUUUGUAUUAAAAUUCAUCUGAAUUUA